GCGUCAACAAUAAGCUGCAGAAUAAAGGGCGUCCGGAGAGUAUGUGGUUGUUGGUUACAGUGAGGCGAUGCUUUAGUGCGCCAGAUAGUUAGGAGCCGCGUCGCGCAUACCGCUGCACCUGGCACACAGACAGACAGUACAAAAGGAUAACAGGAUACAAAUUAUAGCGGAUGAUUUUCCCCGGACUCUUUCGCGUUUGAAAAGAACAACAACUUUUGCUAUCGACAACACGUGUGGAGGGUGGGGGGGACUUUACGCCGAAGAUGAGUGCCCGUGGAUACUUUGCCGUUUGGUGGAAGUCUAUGAGCCUGCUCUCUCUGAGGAUUCUGCUUCUUUUACCCACAGGACUGCCCGUCCACAGCCAGGGGGAUUCUCAAUCUGAUAACAAAGUCAUGGACAAUAUUACCGUGCGGCAAGGGGAAACCGUCUUCCUCAGGUGUCCUCAGGGUGACAUCGUCACACACACAGCCUGGCUGAACCGCUCCAGCAUACUGUACGCCGGGGAGGACAAGUGGUCCGUGGACCCCCGGGUCAGCCUGGUCAUCCUGAACCAGGACGAGUUCACCAUCAAGAUCGUGGACGUGGACAUGACGGACGAGGGGCCGUACGUGUGCGCCGUGCAGACCAGCAGCCGGCCGCGCACCACCUCUGUGCACAUCCUCGUGCAAGUACCGCCAAAGAUCAUCAACCUGUCCAGAGACCUUGUGGUAAACGAAGGCUCCAAUGUCACCCUGAUGUGCCAAGCCAGCGGGAAACCGGAGCCCUCAAUAAGCUGGAAACUAAUCUCUCCUUCAGGAGACCUGGUGUCGGACGAUGAGUACCUGGAGAUCCAGGCCAUCCCUCGACACCGAGCAGGGACCUACGAGUGCACCGCCAUCAAUGAGAUCGAUGCCGACGUCCAGACCGUGGACAUCACUGUCAACUAUGCUCCCAGUGUGUCAGAGGGCAGAGACAUUGGCGUGACUCUGGGCCAGAUAGGGGUGAUGGAGUGUGAGGCCGACGCGGUGCCAGAGGCGGACUUCGAGUGGUACAAAGACGACAGGAGGAUCUAUAAUGGCUUCGAGGGCAUGGAGAUUGAGACCAGCGACUCUCUGUCCAAGCUGACCUUUUUUAACGUUUCCGAGGGUGACUACGGUAACUACACCUGCAUCGCUCUCAACAAACUAGGGAGUGCAAACACAAGCUUUCUCUUGUAUGAGGUAAUUGAACCCACUAGCUCAACACUGUUGCAAGGGCCGAGAGCAGUUCAGGAUGGAAGCGGUGGAGUGCAGGGCAUGCACUCACCCUCCUGUCUUCUGCUGCUCCUCAUAGCCAUGCUGCCGUUACUGCUCCGAAUCUGAACACCCGAUGGCUGAGGGAACACAGUGUGUUUUUGGCGUGUGUUUGCGGGUGUAUGUGUGUAUUUUCUUCCCUCUCAACUGGAAUAAUGAACUGCAUAAGGUAUCCCACCAUAUCAUCACGUUGACCGACCCCCCCGAGAAAAAAAAGAGGAAAAUAUUGUAUGUUUUUCUGUUCAUUUGAUCAAAUUAAGUACAGUAUUUCAGUUUUGGGGGAUGUAACACGUUUUACAAUUUUAUGUUAUUAUAUUAUGUUAACAUGAUUUCUUCCCUAAAUUAUAAUACAAUGCCCUAUUGUUUUUGUUUUUAAGUUGAAAAAAAAACUCUUAAAUAUGGUGAUUCCUAUUCAGAUGGUCUUAAGUAAAAAAAAGUGUUUUACAGGUAUUCAUUUAAAUGCAAAUGUAUAGCAAGUGCGAGAGGUUAACCACCAUCAAAGGUGAGAGUGGUUAAGUUGCCCAAUGGCAACUUCUAUUCUUGUCAUGUUUUAAUGUAUACAAAUUAUGAUUCUAACUGUUUGACAGAGCAUACUGUUUUUUUAUUUUUUUUCCUUGAGAUUCAUAAUGAUAUAUACUUUUAUUUGUGAUAUAUUUUAUGUGUAACAGAUACUUUAAGAUGGGGAAAAUGACUUAAGAUGUAAUUAUUUAGGAAAAUAGCCUAGUUUAAUUCUUUUUUUACAAAACAGUCGUUCACAACAUGGUGUAAAGAAUAACUAAGUAGUUCCAGAUGGAUGGAAGUAUAUGAAGUUUUGUCUUUGCCAUUGUGUGGAGUAAGAUAAGUACAAUUUUAAGAAAAUACAUUUUACUCACAUGCCCUUUACGUACUGAAAUGUUUUACAAACACGUGUGUGUGUGUGUGUGUGUGUGUGUGUGUGUGUGUGUGUGUGUGUGUGUGUGUGUGUGUGUGUGUGUGUGUGUGUGUGUGUGUGUGUGUGUGUGUGUGUGUGUGUGUGCGCCCGUAAAAGACCCAGUUCAUGUUAGGAAAAUAUAAUGAUCAUAAUAAAAGAACAUGCCUUGCAUGCAUUAAGAAACCAAUGCCCCAAAGACUGAAGCUGUUUUUACCACACAGUAAAUUAGUAGUGCGCCUAUUUUGUACCCCUAACAAAAACUAAAGAAGAGGUUAAAAAAAUGUAAGUUAAAGUUCAAAGUUAAAAAAAAAACAUUUUGUUGUAACCAUAACAGAAGAUUAUAAUCAAUCAAUAUCAUACAUUUUGUGGUCAGGCGGCAGCGUGGUGGAUUUCAUUUCACUAAUUAUUCUUGUGUUAUUGUGUCGGACGUUGAGGAGACUGCAGGCUUUUGUGUCCCCUUGAUCAGCUUGAAGGACAGCUGUAUUCAUGAGACGACACUGAGCAAAGCAUAGUAUCACUGCGAUAUCACGGUGAGGGAAGAGACGCAUACAGGAUAAGGUGCAUCGUACACAAGCAACCCUGUGGUUUCAUUCAGUGUUGUUGAAUUAGAUACAUGUGUGUAUAUAUAUAUGUAUAUACAUGUAUGUAUGUAUAUAUAUAUGUGUAUAUUUAUGUUGGUAAACAUAUAUAUACCCUUUGAGAGGCAAUUAAAUGCCACUAAAAAUUAGAGGAGACACUUGAUGAAACAUCUGCUCUAUAUACGUAGUUUAGACAACAAGCUGUCUCCUUAACCCCUUUGAUAGCAUUUGAGAGGCAAUUAAAUGUCACACAAAUUGGAGGAGAUACUUGAUUAAACAUCUGCACUAUAUACGUAGUCUAGUCAACAAGCUGUCUCCUUUACCACUUUGUUUGCUAACAAGCUAAGAAUGACUUCAGGAUCACAAAGGAGCAGCAGAGGUGUUGAUUGAGAAGACUCUAUGUUUUUGUUAAUUGGUGAUAUAUAUACAUAGAGAGAGAGCAAACUUGCUCUGUUCUCUUAUUUUGUUAGGGUAUUCAGAGUUGCUUGAAUAGCAACAAAACAUUCCACAACAUGUAUAGUUUUAAAAACAUUAUGAUUUCGGUAAGCCACCAACUACACUCAGAACUCUUGAAAAUCUCUUCUUUUUUUUUUCAAGAUUUGGACUUGUUACAUAAAUUCUGAAUACUGCAAAUAUUAAUACAUUCCACCUGUAUCUUUUUUGUAUGAACUCUAAACUAUUAAUCAACAUUAUUGGUGAUAGGCCGUUAUAACACAGUUCAAAUCACAUUGGUGUUUUAGAAGAUCUUAUUCCCAACUAGAUAUUAAGCAGGACUAUAAUUGCAGAUUGUUUUUUUGCAAAUGUUUGUGUAUAUAAAAGGAAGGAAGGAAUUGAAGAUACCACUUAGGAGACUACCAAAAUUGGAUGACAACAAGGACCAAAAAUGUGUCACAUUUUCGAAUUAGUCAUCGUUUCUGGCAUCAUGGUACCACAGUUGGUGAUUUGCCCGCUUGCAUAGAGCCUACACCACCAGAGCACAGAAUGUAGGUCUCUAAGCCCACGUGCAGAAUGCAUAUUCUGCAGAAAUAUUUCUAAAUGAGGUUCCCCAAGAAGUGGAAAGAAAGUUGAGGAGUAGGAAAGUUGUCCCUAAUAUAUGCAGAAACUCAAAGUUUGCUGGUUAAGCUUCAUUUAAGUGAAGAAAAGCCUCUUAUAGCUUUCCAUUUUUUUGGUCAUUGAAAUCAUCCAUGCUUGUCAAAAACGUCACAAUUUCUAAAGAAAAUACAUCAUUGUAGUAUCAAACUUAUUAGCUACAGAGCAACCAAUGCAGUCAAAGGGUAUAUGUUGUGUGUAUGGUGAAUUGGGUACCUAGGUGUAUCAGGCAAGAUUAUCUGUACAACUCACGACAAGAUCCUUAUGUGAUCCCUACCUUUCUACUUUUAAUCAUUUAUGCAAAAAAACGAAACAAAAAUGAUUACCUUGUUGUGUGCAAAUUAAAAUGACAUGUGAUAAAACAUACUUAUAUUACCCAUUAUAUGACUAAAUGUGGUAUCUUAAAUUGUUGUAAUCACAAUUAGGAUGCUCCUCGAGUUGUAAACCUCGGUUUUUUUUUAAAGUUUUCCUCUAUUUUUCUGACUUCUGACACGUAACAUACACCCCUGUUUGGAAGAACACUUCACUCUGUUUAUUUGUAAAAGAAAAAUAAAUAUUGUACUUUUUUUGUUAGGCAGACAAAUUCGCAUUUUAUAUAGUCGGGAAAUAUUUGUCCUAAACCAUCGCAAUGUAAGAGAUGGAAGCAAACUUUGAGGUCUGAAGACCGUAAAAAAAUGUGCUUUCUGCCUGUGGGCUCCAUCUUUUCUACAUCCGCUUGCUGUUACGACACAAGUGGCAGCGGGAGAAACAAAGUCAAAGGGUAUAAUCAAACUUUGAGACUGAACUCUUCAGCUUAGCCUGCUUCUUAGGGUGGCCCCCAUGCAGUCUGAGACUCUGCUGCUUAUAGAAGUGUGCGGCUCUCGCGUGGUUUAGGCACAUUCGAGGCACAAAUACAGUAGAAUAAUGAUGCAUUUUUUUCUAUAUCUGAGUCACUGGUAAAUAUUGAAACUAAUUAUGUUCACCGUGUACUCUUCUUUGAGUCAACAGAGUGGUUCAUGCAUCUCCAUCAAUACAAUAAGCUGUGAAUAGAAAAUAACAAAAAAACAUGCAUGUCAUUAUGACUUGCUUUCUGUAGCAACACUAGCAACAGCUGCUGCUAAUGAUGCUAGGCCUCCUUUUUGGAAGAGUCUGAAAUUAGAUGUCAUGCUUAAUUUGAAAUUUGUUUUAACAAAUAACAGUUGAGUCGGGUAAUUGGCCACCCCUAUUGUUAUGGCCUUUUUACAUUAACUUUUGUUAAUUAGGCAGGGAGAUAUUUUUCAAAUUUUCCCCGAAAUUAGAUGGUAGUCCUUUCUUUCAUCGUAAUAUUUAACAAUGAAGAAAUAUGGUAUUUAUAAAUAUUUCUUAUAUAUUUUGUUCUGAGAAGUCUUCUAAACUGUAAUUAAAUGAAAAACUGUAGUGCUUGGGUAUGGUUGAUAUGUUAACGCUCUGAUUUGCAUCCAUAGUUGGGUCUAUGUUGGGUGUACAGUUGAUAUAUUUGAUAAAAGGUUCAAAAGACUCCCCCUGCCCCCCCCCAACCUCCCUCCCUCCAUCGUAUUUCAAGAAGUGUUUCAGAGGCAAGCAGCCAUCUUGAAAAAUGCUGAUCUAUUGAUUUGAGGGAGACACAAAAAAAAAAAAACAGGGCUUGUAUUUGAGCUGCCCUCGACCACUAUUGACUUUAGGUGUUGUGUGACAUUUGUUCGACUUACAUUGAAGUGCGGAGGAGAAUCUAUAUUUAACGUGUACUUGCGUCAGACAAGACAAUUCAAACUGGUGUCACGGUAACCUGAGGUAUUAUGGUAGCAGAUGAAGUCUUCGGUUCGGAUGUUAAUUUCCACAUAUCGUAACACUCUUGCCAGUUCACAAGGCUCCAGUUGUGUCGGAGUGCUUUGAAAAAUGGACUGAGAAUUAACAUUCUGUUGGACUCCCUGCAAUGUAUAGCAUUGUUGAUUUAUUUGUAUUUUCUUUAUGAAAAGUGUGUGCUCAUAUUUAAGACUGACAAUAAUAAACUGUUGUAUCUUAACACCAAGCUUUUGUUGAGCUUUGUUGAGUGUGGGCAAGAAAAAAAAACGUAGUGUUGUUUUGUCUUUUUAUCCUCAACCUCUAAAAACAUGAAUGUUAAAAUGUGUCUGUGCAACCAGUCAUAUCAUCAGCUACAAUGCCCCUGAAUCCAAUGAUCUCAGCCAAUCAGGAGGAGGAUUUGAAAAAACCUCUCUAUCACCGCCAGUGAGGGCGCCAACCCACCCCCCCCAUUCCCCCCUGGAGCCUUUGCUUUUGAAGUUCAUGGUGUCUAUGCUACCCUUGGAAGACCUCCUUCUAGACUUUAGUAUAGCCUUGUUAUCCCUCACACCCCCUCUCUCUCUCCUGCCAUUGUGUCAUUAGCACAGGGCCGGGGCUGCGCCACGGCAACGCUUUAUCCACUCCACAACAAUGGCAACUAGCCAGAACCCUGGGAGCCCUAUUGAUUCCUUUAAAGUCCCCGCAAGUCCUAACCUUGGGAUUGGUCUUGUUGUGGUCUGUCCACUACAUUGCCAGCGGACGCUAACAGCUAUGGUGUUCUGUGCUCUUACCUCCCUCCCCGACCUCGGAGCACGCGGUGUCUUUUUUAAAAGGUUUGUGAGAUUAUUCACACCGGCUUGUAGGAGCAAGGUAGAGCAGUGCAGAUAGAGCUGUUCCCCCAAGGAGGAUUCACAUUGUAAUCAUGUGUUGAAUAUGCAAAUUAAACAAUACUGUUUGUA